UGUGUGUGUGUGUGUGUGUGUGUGUGUGUGUGUGUGUGUGUGUGUGUGUGUGUGUGUGUGUGUGUGUGUGUGUGUGUGUGUGUACGUGUACGGGCUGGAGGUCGCGGCGGUGGAGGAGCAGGGAGGGGGAUGAUCACAACACAGUGAAGGUGGAGCAGCUCGUCCUCCGUCAGGUCAUGAGGACCUAACCUCGGUUACCAUGGAGCCGGAGGACUCUGCUCCCCUCACGGCGUGACCUCAGUCUGGAUCCACCAGAACAUGGACGCUCCCUCCUCCAGACCCGAGUCUGUUACCGGACUGCUUCCGAGAAGUUUUUUUUUACGUCUUCCCAUCUGAGGAAGAGUUGAGAGCCUCGUCAGAGCGCCCGGAACGCCCGGACUCCUCUGCAGGGUCUGAAUCAGUCCCUCUUCCUGUUCUCCGGCCUGGAGGUAGCAGGGCCCCUCCCGUUUGGCAGAUGACUCCUCCCCCGCUCCGCUGUAGCCCAGAGGCCAGGUAGCGGAUCGGGUUGGGCCGGCAGGAUGCCGUCGUCCCUGCGGGCGGGCAGCCUGAAGGACCCCGACGUGGCCGAGCUCUUCUUCAGGGACGACCCGGAGAAGCUCUUCUCCGACCUCCGCGAGAUCGGACACGGCAGCUUCGGCGCUGUCUACUUUGCCAGAGAUGUGCGGACCAAUGAGGUCGUGGCCAUCAAGAAGAUGUCCUACAAUGGAAAGCAGUCCAACGAGAAGUGGCAGGACAUCAUAAAGGAAGUGAAGUUCCUGAUGGGGAUCCGCCACCCCAACAGCAUCGAGUACAAAGGCUGCUUCCUGAGAGAGCACACGGCCUGGCUGGUGAUGGAGUAUUGUCUGGGCUCGGCCUCAGAUCUCCUGGAAGUUCAUAAGAAACCCUUACAGGAAAUAGAGAUCGCUGCCAUUACCCAUGGUGCUUUGCAGGGGUUGGCCUACCUCCAUUCACACAACAUGAUCCAUAGGGAUGUGAAGGCUGGUAACAUUCUGCUCACGGAGCCCGGUCAGGUUAAACUGGCAGACUUUGGCUCCGCCUCCAUAGCGUCUCCCGCCAACUCCUUUGUUGGAACGCCGUACUGGAUGGCCCCUGAGGUGAUCCUGGCGAUGGACGAGGGGCAGUACGAUGGGAAGGUGGACGUCUGGUCGCUGGGGAUCACCUGCAUCGAGCUGGCCGAGAGGAAGCCUCCGCUGUUCAACAUGAAUGCAAUGAGUGCCUUGUACCACAUCGCGCAGAACGAGAACCCCACCCUGCAGUCCAGCGACUGGUCGGAUUUAUUUAGAAACUUUGUUGAUUCUUGCCUUCAGAAAAUUCCCCAGGAUCGGCCACACUCUGACGACAUGCUGGGUCAUGCCUUCCUGCAGCGGGAGCGCCCUGGCUCGGUCCUCAUGGACCUGGUCCUCAGGACCAAGGAGGCGGUGCGCGAGCUGGACAACCUGCAGUACCGCAAGAUGAAGAAGCUGCUGUUCCACGAGGCGCCCAACGGGCCCGCCCCCGCAGAGACCCCCCACGGGGACCCCGAGGAGCUGGAGGCGGGGGGGGGCCGGGGGGGCAGCGUGGGCAGCAGUCAGUCCAUUCCCAGCAUGUCCAUCAGCUCCCAGAGCAGCUCCGUCACCAGCCUCCCCCCGGAGGAGCUGCUGGAGGGGGAGAACACCGUCAUGUCCAGCAACUCCGUCAUCCACGUCAAGCCGGAGGAGGAGGGGGGUCUGGUGUUGGAGGAGGCGGUCCCCAGCGGCCCCUCAGAGGCCCCCCCCCCGGAGGGCCCCCCCCCGGAGGGCCCCCCCCCGGGCCCCAAGAAGCACCGCAACCGGGAGCACUUCGCCACCAUCAGGACCGCCUCUCUGGUGACCCGGGAGAUGCAGGAGCACCAGCAGGACUCGGGGUUGCGGGAGCAGAUGUCGGGGUACAAGCGCAUGCGGCGGCAGCACCAGAAGCAGCUGCUGGUGCUGGAAAACAAGCUGCGGGCGGAGCUGGAGGACCAGCGCGGCCGAUUGGACAAGGAGCUGGAGGCCCAGAGGAGCGCCUUCAGCCAGGACACGGACAAGCUGCUCAAGAAGCACCAGGCCGCCAUGGACAAGGACCUGAAAACGUUCACCAACGAUGAGAAGAAGUUCCAGCAGCACAUCCAGCUGCAGCAGAAGAAGGAGCUCAGCAGCUUCCUGGAGUCCCAGAAACGGGAGUAUAAGCUGCGCAAGGAGCAGCUCAAAGAGGAGCUUCAGGAGAACCAGUCGACUCCUAAGAAGGAGAAGCAGGAGUGGCUUUCCAAGCAGAAGGAGAACAUCCAGCACUUCCAGGCGGAGGAAGAGGCUAACCUGCUGCGCAGACAGAGGCAGUACCAGGAGCUGGAGUGUCGGCGCUUCAAGCGAAGGAUCCUGAUCGCCAAGCACAGCGUGGAGAAGGACCUGGCCAGAGAGGAGCUGAACAAGGUCCAGAUGCACCGGGACCUGGACCACGCGCUCCUGCUGCGGCAGCACGAGGCCAUGCAGGAGCUUGAGGUGCGGCAGCUGGGCGCGGUCCAGCUGGCGCGGGCGGAGCUGUUCGGCCUGCAGCACCAGACGGAGCUGACCAACCAGCUGGAGUACAACAAGAGGAGGGAGCGCGAGCUGCGGCGCAAGCACGUCCUCGAGGUCCGGCAGCACCCCAAGAACCUCAAGUCCAGGGAGCAGCAGAUCAGGCGUCAGUUCCAGGACUCCUGUGCGGUGCAGAGCCGUCAGUCCAAGGCCCUGAGGGCCCGUCUGCUGGAGGCCGCCCCCCGCAGCGAGCACAAGGCGCUGCAGAAGAGGCUGAAGGAGGAGCAGACCCGCAAGCUGGCCGUGCUGGCGGAGCAGUACGACCACUCCAUCAACGACAUGCUGUCCACGCAGGCGCUCCGAUUGGACGAGGCCCAGGAGGGGGAGGGCCAGGUGCUGCGCUCCCAGCUGCAGCAGGAGCUGGAGCUGCUCAACGCCUACCAGAGCAAGAUCAAGAUGCAGACGGAUGGCCAGCAGAACAAGGAGAGGGCCGACCUGGAGCAGAGGCUGUCCCUACGACGGGCUCUGCUGGAGCAGAAGAUCGAGGAGGAGAUGCUGUCGCUGCAGAACGAGCGUCUGGAGCGGAUCGGCUUGCUGCUGGAGCGGCAGGCCCGCGAGGGCGAGGCCUUCGACUCGGAGAGCAUGAGGCUGGGCUUCAGCAACAUGGUGCUGUCGGGCACGGCCCCGGACCCCCAGGGCUGGGGGGGCGGGGCCCCGGGGGGGGGGGGGGCCCCGGGGGGGGGCGCGCACUGGGCGGGCCCCGGGGGCGGGGCCGGACACCGCCACCAGGGCGCGUCAAGCUCCCAGCAGCCCUGGGGCCACCCCGUGCUCUCCGGGGGCCCGCCCCCCUGGAGCCUCCACCGGCCCGGAGGGGGGGGCCGGAGGGGCAGCGGGGGGGGGCCGGGGGGGCUGAGGAGCAGCCCGCAGCCCCCCAGGAGGACCUCAGCCGGGGGGAGGAGCCAACAGGGCAUGAGCAGGAGCGCCAGCAUCACCUCCCAGAUCUCCACCGGGUCCCACCUCUCCUACACCUGA